ACUGAAGCCAAAAGUCCCCCCUGAGCUCAUGAGCGUGUGUGUGUGUGUGUGUGUGUGUGCGUGCGCGGGCUGCUGUGUGCCUAAUAGGAAAUAGUAAAAGCAGUGAGGCAGGUCAUUUUGGGAGCGAUUAUAAUCCAGUCCUGGUCACCACAUACACGGAGAGCAGGAGCGGGGAGCGCACGGGCCGGCGGCGGCGGCGGCGGCGGCAUGAGCGCGGCGUAGAGGCACCGGCGGCGGCGGCGGCGGCGGCGGCGGCGUGAGCAGCGCCCCGCGCCCCCGCCCGCCGCUGCCCCCUCCCCGAUGAGCUCCUACUUUGUCAACCCGCUCUACUCCAAGUACAAGGUGGCGGCGGCCGCGGCGGCGGGGGAAGCCAUCAAUUCCCCGUACUACGACUGUCACUUCGCGCCCGAGAGACAGCAGAUUUUUACGACACAGCAAGAGGCCGAGCUGGUACAAUAUCCUGACUGUAAAUCGUCCAGUGCUAAUAUUGGCGAGGAACCAGACCACUUAAAUCAGAGCUCGUCUCCUGCUCAAAUGUUUCCCUGGAUGAGACCACAAGCAGCGCCGGGUAGGAGGAGAGGAAGACAAACAUACAGCCGAUUCCAGACUCUAGAGCUGGAAAAGGAGUUCCUAUUUAACCCCUAUCUGACCAGGAAGAGAAGGAUCGAGGUGUCCCACGCACUAGGACUCACCGAGAGGCAGGUAAAGAUCUGGUUUCAGAACAGGAGGAUGAAAUGGAAAAAAGAGAACAACAAGGACAAAUUCCCCGCUUCCAGACAGGAGGGAAAGGAAGGGGAGGCCAAAAAGGAAGCACAUGAUCUGGAAGAAGACAGAGCUGAAGGCCAGACGAAUUAAUUUUUGCCCCAAUUGUCUUUGUGAAAGUCAAUCAAAAAUAACCAGGGCUAAAGCCCGACAUCUCGGCUCAUCCACACCUCUACGUGAUCUUGUCGCGGGACGAGUGGCCCCGUGUCCCUCCAUCUGACAUUUCCCUGCUUCGGAUGCUUCACUUGUUUGUGCUUUUAUUUUGUUUAUUAGCGUAUUCAGAACGAUCUCUAGAUUUAACAUUUCAUCUACUUAUUUUUUUCAAAUUUGAUACAGAGUUUCUAGCAAUAAAUUUCUAAUGAUAUACAUAUAUAUAUAUAUAUUUGCAAUCUUAAAAGACGAUGAUUGUGGGAAACGACAUAAACUUCCUAAUAAUAAAUAUCAAUAAGUAAGACAUUUAACAAUGCUUUAUUAAUCAAGACAAGUGCACUUGUACUAUUUUAAUUCUUAUUCUUAUCUUAUUUUGAAUAAAUUAAAUAAAUUUAAUAAUCUUGAAGAAAAUAUCAUAGGAAUAUAUUUAACCCUCUUCUAUAAUAUUUGAUUAAAAUAAACCGAAUUUAUUCAAUUACAAAA